UUUACAAAAUGUCUUUCAGAAGUGAAAAUUCAAUUGGUUGAACGACUUUUAAUGAGCCUUGCCAGCUUUUCUGGACCUUCCUGCCCCUGCAUCAUUUGCUCUCUAAAUUUUUAAAACAAAAUCUCUUUCAAAACAAUUGAGAAUUUAUUCUAUUUGAGCGAAAAGUCACUUGACUUCGAGUAACUCGACUAUCAUUUUGUUUUUUGAGUCAUUUCAAUAGACGAAAUGUAGAGAGUCGGUGACCACAGUAAUCCACUCGAAAUGAUGCGGUGUGAUCCUAUUGAGCGUCUCGCAAAGGCAAUUUUCGCGUUCAGUUUUCGUUGUUUGCUUGUCUCGUUUCGUUUCUGUCGUUUGUGGAUGAUCGCCAGUUUGUGAUCGUAUUUCACUCCGUCAAAAUUGGUAGAUUGUUGUUAUUAUAUUAUUAUCAUUAUUAAUGCCUUUAUCCACGCUCGAUGCUCAUGAUGAUCACGGUCAUGAUGAAAGAGAGAGAGAGAAAGAGAGAAAAGGGGAGGGAGGUGGAAAGAGAGAUGGAAAGAGGAAGGAAAUGCGUUGGAGGAGGCUCAUCUCCUCGUCGCUUGAUACUCGAGAAUUAAACUCGGCUGUUCUGGAAUAGGAUUAAGGUGUCGCCGGUCCAGCAGAGUCUCUAGUUCCGCUCUAAUUUGAGGUUUAUUUUUACCUCGCGGCCAGUUAGAGCACAACACACAACGUCGCGGAUUUAGUCCGCGCGUGAUUUACGGAGAGUCCGGACGACGCUGGUGGAUAUCGCGUCGAUAACGAGCCGGAUAUUUUUAGCGCGAUGAUCUUUUCUUUUCUUCCUUUUUUCCUUUUUCACCUGUUUGCUGUUUUCGGCUCCGCCACCUGUCGCUCCCAUUCUUCUCGUCUCAUUUCUCCGCUUGCAAUAAUAUUUUCGAAGAUCCAAUUAACGUCGACGACACGAUGAGAAAGAUAUGCAGUUAAUUCGCGCGGAGUUAAUUCGUUCGGAGGACAAAGAAAUUAUCGCAACUUCGGGGAACCUUAUCGCAAAUUUCAAUUAGAUAUGAGGAGAAUUUAAAGCGCGAAAUCAUCGUGCAGGAUGUUGCGCAGGAUGGCUGGGAAGUCGCUGCCGCGAAUAAAGCACUCGUGUAUCUACAUCGACAAGAACUUGUAUAUCUAGUUCACGAUGCAACCAGAAGAAUUUGCAUAUUAAUGGUCAUAUUAAUCGGCACAUUACGUGUUUUUCCAUUUAUUUAUUUUCGCGACAGCGACAUUCGGUGGUCAUCCUGGCCAUGUCUUCAAGAUGUCGCAUUACCAUCAUAAGUCGUUGUUCCUCGCGCAGAGAAAGUGAGAUUCUUGCAAACGCGCAACGAUGACGGAUGUGAUGAGGCCCGCGUCGCCGAUUUCACCAGUUCGUCUGGCGACGAUUCGACGUCACGCACGAUGGGAGCAAUACAUCAAUGCGCUACUGGCGGACUUGCAGAACACCGUGUCGUCGGAAGGAAAUCACGUCGGCGGUAAUGCGACUCCCGGUUACGGAUCGCUGAAUGGUGCACGCACCCACGCGACCACCGUGUACAGAUCCUACGACAGUCGAACUUCGCCACUGCCGUCGCAAUCGCCUACUUACCAGAACCGCGAGGCGAUAGAGGAGACCAUUGGUAAGGCCGGAAGCGCGUCUUACACCCAAGCCAGCACCGGAAGCAAGAUGCCCUCCCUCAAUAACAAUCUUUCCGAGUUGGACACUCUCCUGCAAGACCUCAGCAACGCGCGCUAUAACACCCAUUAUCAAGAAAGAGAUAGCCGCGUAUCUACCACAGGGAUGAACGGGGGUGCGACUAGCCCCAUGCUCCGUUCCCCGAGUAGCUUGUCAGCCUCCCGACCCACCGUUGAUUCAUUGCUCGAAGAGCUAAGCACCGCCGUGCCUAACGGAGACUACCCCGCUGACGGAAGGGUGAAGGUCACUAUACAAGAGACGUCCACGGAGUUACAGCCGGUCUAUGACGGUUAUCCGUCCAGUCAGCACGGAUCGCUGAAUCGAAGCGAGGUUCAAAGAAGUUACCCUAAUGGUCAUACCGCGAGUAACGCUACCAAGGAGCUGGACGACCUAAUGGCUUCGCUUUCUGAAUUCAAGAUCAACAGCGGCACCCAUCAGCACCAGACGGUGACCGACUCCCCGUACGCGAAACCCAACAAAGCUACCAAGAGCUCGCAGAGUCCGCUGCCGGCCGAGGGCACGCAGCAGACCCGCGUCCACAUCACCGAGACUCACACGACUCAUCAUUAUCAGCCGCAGCACGGAGAAAGCCAUCACACCACCCAGACCGUUACGCAUAUCAAACAGAACCAGUUGGAUUCUAUGCUCGGCAACCUCCAGGCCGACAUGAGCCGCCAAGGAGUCAACACAACUCAGAAGGGAUGUUGCAGCGCUUGCGAGAAGCCUAUUGUGGGCCAGGUGAUAACAGCUCUAGGCAAGACGUGGCAUCCGGAACACUUUACGUGCACUCAUUGCAAUCAAGAGCUGGGCACACGCAACUUCUUCGAGAGAGAGGGUCACCCUUAUUGUGAAACGGACUAUCAUAACUUGUUCUCACCUCGCUGCGCCUACUGCAACGGGCCGAUUCUCGAUAAAUGCGUGACCGCCUUGGAGAAGACGUGGCACACCGAGCAUUUCUUCUGUGCUCAGUGCGGCAAGCAGUUCGGCGAGGAGGGCUUCCACGAGCGGGACGGCAAGCCUUAUUGCCGCGAGGACUACUUCGACAUGUUCGCGCCUAAGUGUGGCGGUUGCAAUCGAGCCAUCAUGGAAAACUAUAUAUCCGCGUUGAACAGUCAAUGGCAUCCGGACUGCUUCGUCUGCAGGGAUUGUAGACAGAAGUUUCAGGGAGGCUCCUUCUUUGAUCACGAGGGAUUACCGUAUUGCGAGACGCAUUAUCACGCCAAGAGAGGAUCGUUGUGCGCAGGAUGUCACAAACCAAUCACUGGUCGCUGUAUAACGGCCAUGUUUCGCAAAUUCCAUCCUGAGCACUUCGUGUGCGCGUUUUGCUUGAAGCAACUGAACAAGGGUACUUUCAAGGAACAAAACGACAAACCAUACUGCCAUGGCUGUUUCGACAAACUCUUCGGAUAAAUAUGUCAUAUACGGAUUAUAUCUUGUAAUAUAAGGACGGAGAGCGGAAGAGUUAUUUCGCUCUCGGUGACACGGUUUUGCUAGUUUUGACGGAAUACGCAUGCUGCGGUAUACACUUGCUUUGACUGUCUAUGUAAAAGCGCGAAAUGAGACUCGUUCGCCGAGUUACGGCCUUCUAGGAUUUCCAUUUUUUACAUAAAUGAAGAUAUUGACUUUUGAAUAGUGCAAUUGUGGAGGAAGAUCGUGCAUGGAAUUUUAAGUGUUAACAACGUUUUAAGUGUCAUCGUGUGUGACAGGACUGAAAGUUAUACAGGAUGUCCCGUUAUCAUCACCAUUUUUAACGAGAUUUUUUUAACAAUUUUCGAGUCAAUUUUUUUUCUACAAGGAAUAGAUACGAAGGAACACUCUGUAUAAUCUUUAUAAUGUUCCCUGGGUCUUUGUAAUAACCUUACAUGGUAAGUCGUGUUUCUUAAACCGCUCUGUUUGAGCUCAUCAUGCCGUUUAAGAAUUAACGAAAAGGGUGCUAUGUAGUAGUUUAUCGUUACUAAUAAUGCGUAUAUCUAUAGUAUAUAUCAAUAGAUAUACAUAUAUGAUGUAAUCGCGUUCGAGCAAAUAUUUGCACAACAAUAUUAGUCUCCAAAUAUUUCGGAUGAAAGCUUCUUCUUCCCGCGCGCGCGUUAGAUAUAUUUCAUAUAUUUAUAAAAAUAUUUAUACAGAACAGAGCGCGCGAAGUGGCCUGGGAUUUAACGAACUUGACCGCACAAAUAACAAUAUAAAUUUACAUACGUCUGAUCAUCGAAUUACGUAAUGCCUUGCGGAGAAGAACAAACAAUCGGGUAAAUUAUGAAAGUUGUACGGAUUAAAUUGAUCGGUGUAUAAAGCGACGUACUCUUCAAUGCAAAGUCAGAUAGGUAAAGUGAGAGAUAAACCAUUCUUUUGUUUAUUUGGCAUUUUGUUACAAAAUAAAGAUCAGCUCACCGACUUCACGUAUACACACAUGUUAACAAUAAACUUCUAAAAUAGAACGUGGAUGUGUAUACAAGGGAUAUUCAUUGAUUACGAAAGAAAAAUGAAACUACGUAUAUUUGCCUUAUAGUUCCUGAUUGUGUGUGACGGGUAAUAUAUAUUAUACAUAUAUAUAUAUCUAUUGAAAGAAAUCCACGCAUUCGCAGGUAUAUAUACAAAAAUAUAUAGAAUCUUACAAUAAAGAUACAAAUUUUGCCAAUCGUUCACUUCGUAUUACGAGCAGCUUAAUAUGUUACAUACGAACACCAAUAGUACAUGCUGCUAUAGUUUGUGCUACCAAAGACUACUUCCCGGCAUUGAUAGAAAGAAACAAAAAAAUGACACAAUAAUCUCUCAUGUCUUUAUCGAAUCUUACCUUGUUAUUAUAGUUAGAGAUAAAGAUAUCUCGUCGAUUAACAAUUUUUGAUGUCUUUGUAGAUAGUUAAAAUAAAUUUUUCAAACAGAA